AUGCCGGCCUUCAAAAGGCUCCUUCCCGUUCUUUUCCUCGUCCCUACACUUGUUUUCGGGUACCCCCCCUCCGCACCAGCAAGCUCAGACGACACCGACAAAAUCACCUGCUUUGAGCAAGGCAGUGGCUUUGUCACAACCGCCCAGGCCAACGACCUCGUCAACGAGUUCAAUCGCCUAAUCUGCCAAUCAAACCCCAGUGCGGGCAUCUCGCUGAACGGGCUCGAGGGGGUCUCCGUCAAUGAUCCUUCCGGCACAAUCAUCUUUCAGAACACUUUGACCCAGGUGGCUACUCCGCCAAACUGCGGAGAGGUCGUUGAGGAUUUUCAGAAGCUGUUGGAUGCAUGUUUCACGAACCAGGGCAGCUACGGUGGUGUGUUGAUUGAAACGGCUGGUGGCGGGGCGACGAGCUAUAUCAUCAAGUCGCCAUGA